AUGCCUGCACACUCUUCUUCUCUCUCGCACUCUCGCACUCUCGCCCUCGCUCUAUUUGCAUGUGCUGCCUCUUCCCCUCUCUCUCGCACCCGUCGUCAGCUGCCCUCCGCCGCCGUUCAUCUGCCCCCCUCGGCCUGCUUCUGCUCGCCUGCAUCGCAUCGAAUCCUCCGCACAGCAAACAGACGAGCCUUGCCCGCCCGCACCGACGGCGCAGCGACCGGCGCAGAUGCUGCUAGCUGCCCGACACCUUGCCCGACCUGGCAUGUCAAUUCGGGACAGGCCACCACUACAUUCGCACCCCCCGUCGCGCGCUGCUGUUUCGCCUUUUUGCCCUUUCGACGCCCACCAGAAGCGCAGCCCAUACGAGCAUCGGCACAGUGCCGGACUGGAGCCCCCUCAGAGCGUCCAGAGCACUUGGCCGCUGGCCCCGGAAUCCUCGACGCCGGAUUGGCCUGCGCCGCUGCGGCUGCUGGGCUUGGACGCUGGCGACGCUGCAUGAUUGGACACCCUGGCCGGUUCUGUCGCUCCUCCCCAUCCUCCUCUCCUCCUCCAUCCCCGUUGCCGGUGCCAGCUCUCGACGAUUUGCCCUCGCCGUCCGAUCAAUCCCAAGACCUGCCUGGACCGCUGCCGCCGCCAUCUGCGCCCUCUGCCGCCGCCGUUCUCCUUUUCUUUGCCUUCGCUGCCUUUUUCCCCCGUUCAUCCCACUCUUCGCUCGUCCGCCGGCCUGCUCACGACGCCCUCCGCCAGCAAUCCAGUCGCCUCCCGUCCGCUCGUGUUCGAAUUUUCUCCACGGCCGAGCCCAGAAACAUUUCACGCCCUUCAGUGUCCAGCCAUUCCCCUCGACGCGCCUCUGUCUCCUCCUCGAGCCAAUCCUCACGACACGAGCCUCAGACUGCACAGACGCCGCCUGCCGCCUGUCCAGGCCUCGACUGCGAUAUCCCUCCCGCACCGGCGUAUGACGCGGCCGCUCCGCUGUCGACGCAAGCCGCAGUCCCCAGUCAGGCCAACCACCUCGCGCCCGUGGGCCCAACCGCCUUCGAUCAUAUCGCUCACAAGAUCGAGGCGCUGGAGGAAGAGCCGUACACCAUCAAGUGUAUCUGCAACUUCUCCGACGAUGACGGAAACACAAUAUACUGCGAGACGUGCGACACAUGGCAGCACAUCGAUUGCUUCUACCCCGAGAACAGGGAAGAAGCCAUUCGAGAGGACUUUUCUCAUUCUUGUGCCGACUGCCAGCCCCGACCACUGAACCGUCAAAAAGCCAUUGAACGCACACUGCGGCUGAGGACUUCAAUCGUGGAGCCGGAAAGCAUCGACAAGAAACCGAAGCGACUUCCUUCCAAGAGCCACAAGAAGAAGAAGCCCAGCGAUGCUCAUUUCAAUGGGAUUCAUGGGCCCUUAGAAGGAGGCAAGCAUGGCCACAAUGGCGACCACCACCCUACUCCUGCCAAGAAGCCAAAAACCUCUCAUCGACCCUCCUUGUCCGUGAGCUCCCAGCCUUCCAAGCGAAGCCCUUCUUAUGGAAACAACCGGACGAACCCGACACAUCCACCGAGUCCUGCUACUACUCCUCCCGACCUCCCUGACGACUUUACAAUUCACCACUACUCCGAGGGCUUCUGCUCUCUCUACAACGAUGUACCCGACAGACAAAAUAAUGGCUUUGCCAGUCUCGCCAUUCCUACCGCCUUGAUGCGAUGGCUGGAUUCAUCUUCUGCGCUGGAAAAGGAAGUCGGCCGAAGACGCUCCGAAAUCUUCCAAGACGCCCUGCCCGCCCUCGAAAGAAAACGUCCAAAGCUCGAGGUCAAGGAUGCCACUCAGUCACUCGAUAAUGGUACUACCCUUCGAUGGCGGUCUCUCAAAUCGACAUCCUCGAUCGAAAAGGAUGUACCUCUCAUCGAAUUAAAUGGCGAGAUUGGUUUUCAAAAAGAUUACUGCGCCGAAGGCGAUAAUCUCUGGGGCGAUAUCUCAUCCCCUCUUCCCUUUGUCUUCUUCCAUCCCAUCCUACCGCUCUAUAUCGACACGAGGAAAGAGGGCUCUAUAGCCCGCUUCGCCCGACGGAGCUGCAAGCCCAACGCUCAACUGGACACUUUCCUCACCGGCGGAUCAGAGUACCACUUCUGGCUGGUCAGCGACCGGUACAUACCCCCCAAUGAGCAGAUUACUCUGCCGUGGGACUUUCGCCUGGAGAAAAGCGUCUGCCAGCGCUGGCUACAUCUGUUGGGCCUCAGCGAUGACGAUAGCGCCGUGCAAGACGAGUUUGAGCUAGACGAAUCUGAGUACACGGCCAUCUCUAACUGGAUCGACCGGAUACUGUCAGAAUAUGGAGGCUGCGCGUGUGAUCAGGAUAAUAACUGUGCCUUCGCCCGCUUCCAUCGACACUAUCUAUACGGCAAGAGCCAAUCUCGCAGGAAAAGGCGUAAACCCAAGGCUCAUACCAUCUCUCCCACCAGCACAGGUCAUGCCACGAAUAGUCGUGCCGCUAGUGAAGGUCACCUCGACGACCAGGCCGACCGCGAAGGUCGGGACGGAUCCGUUGCAGCGCGGAGUAAGCCCUCUAGUAGAGACAGGACUCCGCUGCGCCAAGGCUCCUUUGAUCAACUGGGAAUAUUAACGGAGCCUACAGACCGCGAUAAGCGCAAGGUAGCAAUGGUAGAAGACACCUUCCGGCGUAUGGAGCAGGAACAGCAACAACCUGCGAGGAAGAAGAAGAGACUAUCAGACGGAACCACUGUAUCGACAUCAUCCAAGGCGAAAUCGAGAACCGGCUCUACCCCCCAUAUUGGAAGCUAUGCCGACGCCGGUACCACUGCUAGGAGCAAAUCCGGCUCGCCUGCCAGCUCCAGAUCGCCGAAUCUUGGGACCCAAACCAAACCGUCGGCAUCACACCGGGAGCCGUCAGAAGCAGCACACAGGCAAUCCUCGGCAUCGCCCCGCCCCCUCUACUGCGAUAUGGGUAUCCAGACCGACCCAGUAGAAGAUGAGUGGUUCAGCGCAUUACAAAAUAUCCCAUGCCGCAAGAAGAAAAUCAUUCCGCUUUCCAGGCGACUUCUCAACAGCCGGUACAAAGCACGUGCUGAAGAGGAACGAAAGCGGUCAACACCCUCGCGGCCUUCGAGCGUCGAUGCAAUGGACGUUGAUGCCACUGCAGCUGAGCAGGAGCUAAAAGAGCAGCCUGCUAAAGGGGAACCUGCCAAAGAAGAGCUUACCAAGGAGCCUACCAAAGCAGAAUCUACCAAGGAGCUUCCUACCAAGGAGCUUAUCAAAGAGGCUCAGACUAUGCCCAUGAAGAUCAAGGCCUCAGAGCUGAGAGUCCAAAUGCCUACCACAUCCGCGCUGGAUUCUUCAACAGCUCCUCCAACGACCACCACACCUUCAUCUGCAACCAGCUCUGUUGUGCAAUCGGCAAUUCUCUCUAACAGCCUGCCGAGUCCAUUCGGCUCAGCUGUCAACGGGGCAGUGGCCACUCCCAGUCCAAUCAAGAAAAAAUUGAGCCUUAGUGACUACAAGAGCAGGAUGAAUAAGGCCGCUGCAAAGCCUUCACUCAGCCUCAUCUCUACAAAGUCCAGUCUUGCCGAGGCAGACGAGAUAAAGCUGGAGAAUCCCAUAGAGCCAGCAGCUAUUGAAAAGGUUGAGAGCGCGGUGACCCCCUCCGCCCCUGCGGCCACCACUAACGGGCACGCAUAA